CUGGGGAGGAAGAUAAAGACAUUUGCAACCAAGAUGGUAAUCACGAGUGGAAAUGAUGAAGACAGAGGAGGCCAAGAGAAGGAGAGCAAAGAGGAGAGCGUCUUGGCAAUGCUGGGGAUCAUUGGGACCAUUCUGAACCUAAUUGUUAUCAUAUUUGUAUACAUAUACACCACGCUGUGAAGGGCCCAGGGGCCCCCCAGUGGUCUUGGUGUGGCCCCAAGAUGGGAGUCCUGUGUGUCAACAGAUCUGUGAUCAGACACUGCACGUUCCAGCAGGCUCGACCUACACACACCACUCGAUCAAAUGCACCUUUGCACUUGACAAAGAGGUCACAGCUAUAAACGGAUCCUGCUGC